GUUAAGCACCAUUUCAAAGGAAAUGUAGAAUUAAAACAUUUUCGUGGUAGGCUUACCUGGCUUGUUGGUUUGUGCAUUUGAUACCUCCAUGGCCAUGGUACUGGUAUUUUGGUAGGCCUGGAACUAUGCCAACUCGGAUCGAACUCAAUGAAGCGUAAUGCACUGCAUCUGCUUACGUUGCCUGUCGUGGAAGUACAACGUUUUAACGUUGAAGAGAAGAGAAGGCUAGCUACAGUCAGUAUGCAUGACAUCAGUGAGAGCUUGUGAAUACACCCACCAGGUGACCAGACUGUUCCUGAUGUUAUCUGAUGCUAAAAGUAUGAACACUGGGUGCAGGUUUUAAGCCUUCAUUUACCUACUUAAGGAUUGGCCAGAUUUGCACAGCCAUAAUACUUGUUCAUGUAAGGGGUUCCAUAUAAACGAUACACAGGGUACAUGCAUGCAAGCUAUUGCUGGUUUGAGUUGUGAAUGACAAAGCACACUGACUAAUUUUCAGAGAGUAUUUUUGAAUACUCAGUGACUUUGAUAAAAGACACUCGUGUCAUUCCCAAGAUGAACUGGAAAAGUCUUUUCAUCCUGGUCGCUGCCUUCAUCUUGUACCUGGUGAUUGGAGCGUUAGUCUUCUCAGCCUUAGAAUCUACUCAAGAGGAGGAGACGAAGAUUGACCUGAGGGCCUACAAGGAGGCCAUCCUGUCUAAUUUCUCGUGCAUUUCAGAGGAAAGCUUAGAGCAAUUGGUGGAACGGAUCAUGAAUGCCGUGGAGAGUGGCGUCAAUCCACUCUCGAAUGUGUCCAGUAAGUCCAACUGGGACUUUAGUAGCUCCUUCUUCUUCUCUGGCACCGUGGUCACCACCAUAGGCUACGGUCGACGUGCACCCACUACCCAAGGCGGGAGGGACUUCUGUAUCCUCUAUGCCAUCUUUGGCAUACCGUUUACAGGAUGGUUGCUGUCUAUCGUGGGCCAAUUCUAUCGGGAGUCAUUUUGGGGCCUGACAGAGCGCCUAGAUUGCAUGCUCUGUGAUUACUGCUCUGUGACCAAACGGAAACUGCGUCGUUUCAUUGUGUGGUUGGUGGUGGCGUCUUUCACUUACGGCCUUCUAGUGCUUGCCCCUGCCGGAAUCUUCACCAUAUUGGAAAAUUGGAGUUACAGGAUUGCCCAUUAUUACUGCUUUAUCACCCUGACAACCAUUGGAUUUGGGGAUUUUGUUGCCACGGUAGACCCCAAACAACAAGCUCCUGAAGUGCUGGAGAUUGUCUAUGACCUUGCUGUUGUCGUCUGGUACAUUUUCGGUCUGUCUUUCAUUGCGAUAGUGAUCAGCGCCAUUGGGACAAGGGAGCGCAAAACUGCCAAGAAACUUGUGUCAACUCUCAAGAAUCAACAGAAUAGUUCACCAGGGGAGACAUCUCCCAAUAAGCGUGCUUCCUAUUCCUUGCAAAAUGCAAUUCGGUUAACCCUACAAGAUGGGAUUGUCGGGCCAGUGUCUUACCAUAAGGGACAAUCUUCCAAUGACCCACAAACUGAAGUACAUGUACCUUCAGAGGCUGCAUCAAAUAAACAAAAUAACAUGCUGCCAUCAACAUCACAGGAAACUCAGUCAGGCGUGAAUCCACAUUAUUCAGCCAAUAACAACAACGGCAAUGCAUUUAAUAGCCAAUCAGGGCUAGAGGCUGGUUAUGAGAUUCAGGAAUGUGACAGCGUGAACAUAAAGCUAAAUGUACUCAACACUGCUCUACCUCAGAAUGACAACAUGCAAAAAAAGAAAAAACCCCUGGGAAAGAAAGUCUCCUUUGACAGCAGUUGCAAUCCCAACGAUGGAACCAGUAAAAUUCGACGUAAGGCUACAGGCAAACGAAAGGGCUCUACGAGGAAAUCCAAAUUGGAAGUAGCUGGGGAGGAAGAUGAAAGUGGCGAGAAUAUACAAGUAGUAUCAUCAAGCACCAUUUCCAUGGCAACUGGAAAUCCUUGUUGCCAAUGUAAUUGCCACACCAAUUACAGCGAUGCAAGUCAGCAUGUCUUACCUUGAGUUCAGUCCAUUUGAUUCAAAGAAGACUCAAAGCUUUGCAUGAAUUAUGCUGAAUGUACAUGUAACUUUAAAGUUGUCAGAUUCUCAUUUCUGACGGACGGAGAGUGCGCAAUUGUUACAAACUGCCAGUGGAUAAAAGUUAAUUGCUUGAUGCCGCACCUUGUUCAAGGGACUACCAUAUAGGCAUGUUGGGAGUUCCUUCUACAUGUACGUGUAUGUACAUGUGUAGAUGAACCCAGAGUGUAUACCUGUACCAAAGCAUUUACUCAGAACAUUGGACACGUACAUACAUUUAACCCAGACCACUGAACUGAAAACACUGUAAUACACUAUGACUCAAAGAUACCGAACAUGUACGCAUACAUGUACAUUGAAGCCCAAACUAAACUGAGUGUCCAUGAUGCACACAUACAUGUACACUGUAUUUACCAACGUACCUUGGACAUGUUUGUGCAGCAUGCAUUUUCACUGUAAAUACUUGCAUCAUGAUACCCAACCACUGUAAAAUGUCUACAUAUUGAAAAUUUAAUGACAUUUGUUAUGAAAUUGAGAUUGAGAGGUCGUUGACUUACAAUAGAAAACACACUGCAUGAAUUGAUAGAGCUGUAAAGUGAGUCUAAUUCCCUGUGCACUUUGGACUUGUCAAAAUGGUGCAGACAUUAUCACCAUGCAGCUUGUUGUUGUACCGGUAGAUUAACCACUUGCUGCCGGGUGUAAUUUAACGUUGCAUGAUGUAAAACUGGGGAAUUUCAAGAUUUUCCGUUUUCAAAAUUCUUCAAAAAUCAUAUUUGCUGGACGCUUUUGUCGUAAUCCGCUUGCAUUGAAUGUCACAAACAGUGGUAUAAUCUUUCCAAACAAUGACAGAUCUCCUCUGCUAUUGACAACUGAAAAAAUGUUGGCAAUUCCCAACAGCUCGGUCUUUUGUUCCAAGUAUGGUCUUUUGUUAUAAGGCCCACAUUUCAAAGGGGUUUACAUUAAAAUAUGACAUACAUGUUGCAGGCUUCAAAGUUUCUAAAAUGGGGAGAACAAAAUGAUUAUCCUUGCUCACUAUAAAGCAUUGCCCUCAACUGGUUGGUGCAAAAAGAUUUCUUUCCUCGAUUUACACACAUGUACACCAAAGAUUACAAUCACACUCAGCAUUGCACAGUCUCCCAAAUACACACAGUAAAUUUGUAUUCAACUUGCAUUGUGGCUUGGAAUGCUACAAUGUAUCUCUUCGCAUGUAGAAAUUUGUCCAUGGUACAAAGGUAUUUGCUUUUAAUACUGCAGUGAUAUUCUGUGAGAUUUAAGUAUUACCUUUAAGCAUUGGCAGUUUAUUGUUAAUUUUUACACUAAAGCCAACACUGACAUUUAUGAAUUAAGUUCCUCUUUUUGUUUGAGGCUCUCAUCGCCAACUGAGUACCUUAAAUUUGGCCCUUGACUCAAAAAUCCUGUUUUUAUUCCACCCACACUGUCCAGAACAUCUGACCAAAUUAAGAAUCAAAGAAAUGAAAGAAGACGAUACCCUCAUUUUGUGGGAACAAAGCAGGUAAAAUACAUUUUCAUGUCCCGUAUUGCCAGCAGAUUACUACUUGUGCAUUUGCAACUUUAUCUGCAAAACUUAUACAAAAGUUCAAUAAGAGUGAUUUACUUUAAAACUCAUGUAAAUAAAUUAAUUCAAAACAAGACAAUCACAUAUUGAACUCUUUGCAUCGUUUUAUAUAGCCUUUUUUUUUCAAUUUUUUUCUUCUGAGAAUUUGAAUUUUUUACCAAUCAACCCUCUGAGGCCAAAGAAGAAAGAGAUAACCAUAGAGCUUAAAAGGGACACCUUGAUAUAAAACAAUACACUACUGUUACAUGUAUACAUGUGACAUGUUUGUAAAUUUGUUUGUCCUUGUAUCAUUUGCCAAUUGAUACAUAAUACAAAUGUGGACAUUUCAGUAUUUGGUUUUUUUUGUUGCGUUUUUAUGCAAAUUGAAGGUACAAUAUAAAUUUUUUGUUUUCAAUUUGUACAUCACAGUGUGCCCUCUCAGAAAAUGAGGGCCCCUGAGCGCCCUAAUCAAAAUGUACCCAAAUGCCAUUAGUGGCUCAGGAUUUUAAUGCAUAGCUCAUCAUACAUGCAUGAUGUGAUUAAGAAUGUAAUGUGGACAGUUAUUAAGAAAAAAAUCGCUUUGCAAAUAAUGUGAAAAACAUUCAUUUAAUUGGAAUGCAUGAUAUAUGCAUGCAUACAUACAUGCACUUAAGUAUUCUUGAUGUGAAAUAAUUACACAGCAUACAUGUACAUGUAUAAUUGAAUUGACAGUACAUGUCGGAUAGUGCAAUAUCCUUAUAUUAAAAAAAUAAAGUGCUGUGAAUAUUUGAAAAAACUUGCCUUACACAAAAUAGACUUUUGUGAAGCUUGCCUUAGAUUUGAAAAGCAUACAUGUGUACAUGUGCCUCUAUCACAAUGCCAUUAUAUAGUGAUAAAGUACACGUAUGACUGUGUAUGCACAUAUUAUAGUACAUGUUCAAUAUAAGCUUGAGUAAGUCCCUUACAUGUAUUUCGACUGUGUUAAGAGUUUAUGGAUCCUACAAUAGAUCUAAUCUAGAUUUUAUAUACAUGUAAUUAUAAAAAAAUAUUCUAUAUUUGUUCAAAAAAAAAAUCAGGUUUUACCAAUCAGUGUAUUUACAGUAUAAUGUGUUUAGAGUUCCCCAGUCAACAGAAAGCUUAAAUUCCACUAUGAUGGAAGUUAGAACACAGAGUGUGUACCAGUAGAUUCAAAUCACAAAGUGUAUUUUUCUCACAAGCUCUCAGAAAUCCAAAACAUUUAAGUUUCCAUUUCCCUAAGUGUGCAGUGGUUGAAACAUUCAUUAUUGAGGAGCCAUAAGCUACUGAUUGAAAUUACUCUCUGUGGGUUCAUUUUGGAUUGAUUCUCCUAAGGGUAUACUCAGCCAGCAUGUACCGGUACAUGUACAUGUAUGCUAUGAUGUGUAUGUGAUGUGCACGGACAAGCAUUGCCGUACUGUGCACAGGAAGCAGGGCCAUUUCUCCUAAUACCGGUACAUGUGUAGUUUCUAUCAGCUCAUCUUUUCUGCCGGGCAGUAUUGACGACCACUCUCUUUCGUGUAGAAAUGGCUUGUCAUACAAAUUGAUUCUGUCAAGUGCAGUUUACAUGUACUGGUACCUCUGAACGUUUGUCAAGUUGGUGUUCAGGGACAAGGAGAAGCAAAUAUGGUAUUUCAGUGAUCAAAUGGUGUACUGUAACAUUAGAUUGAACAGAGCUCAGGUCAGGGUAAGACCAACAGGUAUGUUUUCAUCAAUAACAAAUGUAAGUGGAUUGUCUUUUAGUUUGAAUGGUAACUCAGUUAAGCUUUUCAGUCUGGAAAACUGGCUUCUUUAAUUGUGCAAUAGGGAACUGCAUGUAAUCUGUUGUUCACUGUCAAAAACUCAGGGUGUUUAUAAAAGUGGAAUGCACAAGUCUUGCCAUAUCUGUGACAUAAUCAAGCUUGAAAGAGGUCUGCUUUGGUCAUUUGCUAGUAAUUACCAGCAUUUUGUACAUGUACGGGGUAACAUGUACAUGUAUGUGCUCAAACGAGCAGCCUGUAUUCCUCAAUUAUACAAUAUGAAGAUGAUCUGCCUAACAAAAUGUUGCAACUAGAACUACUUGUCCUCAGUUGUAUAGCUGUUUUUAUGUCAAUUCUUUUUCACUCGCUUGUAAUUAAGGUUAAUCGUAAUCUUGACAUUUUGCCAUCUUGUUGAGAUGUUUAUAUUUUAUGUGCUGGUACCAGAUUUGUAUACUGAUGGAUGACAGAGAAUUUCAAAUGUCACUUUUUUAAUAACUGCGUGCAAUUAAACAAUUCAACAAUGUAGAUUCCAAAUUUAUUCUCAGCCCAUAAUACUGUCGUUGCAUCAUCGGCACUCAAAACUUUAGUCACAAAAUGGCAAAAGUAUGAUAAAGUUGCUCUCCAACAACAAAGGGUUGGGGUGUGGAUAUUAUGCACACAGCAAUGGCAUCAUACGUGUGUGCUUUCUGAAACUUGAAGUACAUGUACAUAGUAGGCCUACUGGUACAUACUUGUAUGUAUCCAUUGACAAUGUGUGCAUUUUGGCAAGUCACCACACCCUAUUGAGCUAAGAGGUUCAGGACAGAUACAUGUAAUGUACAUAUGUACCCAGUGUUCUCCAACUUUGAAAAGUAAAGGUUGGUGCUGGGUUUGUGACCAAUGCGAGCUCAUUUUCCCUAGGCUUUUUUGAGCUAAAGAUUUUAAGAAGACUUCAAUUUAUUUAGCACAGAAUUACUAAAAAGAAAUUCAGUUAAAAGAUCAGUACCAGUGAGUACAUGUAUCCGCAUUCCACAGUUUCAUGUAUUUUCAAUUAUUGAUUGAGAAAGACAUGUUCCAAGGGAUCUGGGUUGUAAAAGUAUUAAAAUCGACUUUAUCCCUCACUUGUUUGAAAAAGAAAGUGUUUCUUUUUUUGUUCAUCCAUUCAGACAUCCAUUCCUCAAUUUUCUUCACUUCCAAAUAUUGUUGAAGACAGAACCUAUUGUAAAAAGGAUCCGGGUGGCUGAAAUGUGUCAAAAGCAAGAUGUUUCUCAUGUUAGUUAUUGUAAACCGACAAGUAUUUAACAACUAAUCCAAGUCCCAAAUCAGUGAGGAGACGUGGAACGCAAACCGACGGCCCAGCCUUGCGCCACUGCUGUCCGGUGGGGGUAAUUUAGAACAUGAAAUUACAGUAGGCCUGUAUGAUGAACCCUUACCUUUGUUAGAUCGAUGCUCUAACCACGAGUACUUUUGGCUCUAUCACAAAAUGAAUCUCUGUGUUUGCGUCUUGUUUGGUCAUCUCCUUGCUCUUUUGGCUCAGGAGGCACUGUUGGUCCUUGGGGGGUCCAGGGGGAACAAAUCCAAAGGCAAUUAGAGUAUUUUGUUUUGCCAUGAUGCGUACAACAUGCACACCGAAAACAGACCACGAACAUGUACAGUGUAUGUACUCAACAAGUCUGCAAGCACGAGCUCUGAACACUGAGAAGCAGGCGUAUUAAAUUUGCAAGUGUUUCUUUUUGUUUCAAGUAAGCCUGGUUAUUCUGGGAUAUUGAAUCAUCAGUAAUCAGGCCACCCAGACAGACGCCGUUGUGGCCAGCGAAGGAAAGUUCACUAGUGUGCUGCUUACCGACGUAUUUUAAAAAUAACGUUUUUCAUUUCAGUGGAAAACAUACCAUGAGCAAGUCUUGUCCAGGGUAGAAGAAUGCUAAAUAAUGUCAUCAGCAAAAAUAACUUGAACAAAAGCUCUUAUUAGUAAGCCUUGAGACUGGAUGUUGAGGGUUUUAUCAAAGGUUUAAUCAUACAUAAUGAAAAGAACCUGACUGUGAAACACAAUGAAACACAAUCUUCAUCUUCAUCUCUAUCAUGACUAGUAUUAGUGUGACUUGGCUUUGUGGUGAACAAAGAUCAGGAAGGAUGACCCUGUGGACUGUAGGCCUGCUCAUGCGUAGCUGACGCUCACUACUAUAUCAUGAUUCUGCCACAGCACAUCAAACAUAAUACAUACACAUAUGUACACACGUAGCCUACACACGCGAACAUUGCACGGAUCAAGUGUACAUCUGGUUACCAGGCAAUCACACUAAUACAACUAUAUAAUCAAAUUACCAGGCCAGACUAAAUUUGUUGCCAUGUGGGGUGAUGUACAUGUACAUGUGUGGCGAUUUAAGCAUGGGGUUGCCUUGUGUUGCAAACUUGAGGACAGGUAGGCCAAAAAUUAUUGGGGAGUCUUGAGGUUAGAAUCGCAAGAAAAGUGGUCAUUAUUAAUCAUAUUGUAUACGUACAUGUAUACUGUAGAGUCAAAAAGUGUAUUCUAAGCAUGGCGCACAUCGCAGCUAGCAUAGAGGGGUGCCAAGUCUUUCUUACAUGUAUGUGUUGGAGAACACUACCAUUCUUUCAAAAGAGAUAUAUUUCUCAAAGUUGUUUGCUUUUUUUAAAAAAUGUACGUAUAGACCACACCUGUUGUCCUGUACAUGUACGUGUAUGCCAAUAAGUACCUGUACAUUUAAUGUACAAUUAGUUUGCAGAGCAGCAUUUAAAGUGUCUCAGAAACACAAGAAUUUUUGAAUGAAUGGUACUGUGUAUGUUGAAACCAGCAAUUGUCCUGAGUAUAUGUAGGCCUUAUGUAGGCAAUCUUUUUUGAAAGGCAUAAUUUAUAUUAAUGAAAGUGACAAACAUUUAACCUACCUAAUCACACAUCGGUACCUGCUUGUGCAAUAUGAUGAAGUGGAUGAACAAUGAACAAGUGUCAUGUAAGCCAGAAUGCUCAACGGUUCUGGGAAGUCAGAAAUCUAAGUAAGUAUCACUGUAACAUAUGAAAUCAGUAAUGGAGUAGGAGAUAUUGUAAUGUAUUUGAAAAGAGGGUGGUAGGACAUUUGACUCUUUUGAUGGAAAUGGCAUAUUUUGGGGCUCAAAUUUGCUUUCUCUUUAUUUUGAUUUAUGUGUAGAUGGGGGAGAUGAACCCUUCCCCCAGGAAAGGUUAAUAUACAUGUACUCUUGACUAUUUAGCAUUCAUGAGAGACUAAAGUACACACAGCUUCCAAACAAAAUAAAUGUGGACGCUAGACUGUACUAGGAGAAUGAGCCUACAGAAACUCAUAAAAUCCUUUAUUUUAUGGUGGUUUGCAUGUAUUUGACUGGUCCUGAUACAUCAAAAUGUCAUUGAACCAAGAAUAUUUCAUUGUACAUGUAUGUUUGCAAUAUGUUGCACUUUUUUGCUCCAAAUUACCAGUCUUGGCAUUACUCACUGCUUGUCCAAUCUGUUGGCAGGUUGUUCAUAUGCAUAUAUGUAAGUGGCUGUGUUGUAGCCAUUGAUUGCACUGGAAUUGAAUAGAUUGAUGCUUGUCUUCACUGUGGCCUAAACAAUAAAACAUCCAGGAAAAUAAACCAGACAAAAUUAUUCCAAUUCUGAGUCUGAAUUGCCGUUGUUGUCUGUCAAUUUGUCUGUGCACAUUG